CCGCGAUGUUAUUCAUAGCAUAUCUCAACUUCCUGGCCCUGGCUCUGCCAUCCAGACAAGUCGUCGCCAGCCCAGUUGCAAGCAAUGCUUCCACGCCAGUCAAUGUCACGACCUGCAAUGGGCAGACGUACAUGUACGAAGAGCUCGCCGGUUAUGGUAAGUUGGCCAGCGACGCACGUGACAAGUUCGGUGACACGAUUGGCGGAAUUGGAAGUGCCAUCGCGGUCGACAAGACGACUUGGAAAAAGGUCGGCACAAAGGCAUACCAGGGCAUCGUAUACGGACUUCCAGACCGUGGUUGGAACACACAGGGCACACAGAACACGCAGAGCAGGAUCCACAAGUUCAGCUUCAACUUCACAAUUGUAGACAACGCGACAGUAGCAAACCCAGCGGCGCCAAACUUCAAACUCACCUACCUGGACACGCUACUCCUCACGGGUCCAGACGGCACGCCGUUGACAGGCCUUGAUCCCACGGGCAAUGUGUCGUACCCAGGAUUUCCGAGUCUGCCUCUGGCUACAUACACUGGCAACGGCUUCGGCCAGAAUGGCACAGGAGGUUCACGCAUCGCCCUCGACACUGAAGGCCUCGUGCUCGGCGCCGGAGGCACAUACUGGAUCAGCGACGAGUACGCCCCCUACAUCUACCAGUUCUCACCUACAGGCCAGAUGCUACAAGCAAUCCGUACUCCACCAGCACUCAUCCCCUUGCGCAACAACACACAAAGCUUCAGCGCCGCCUCGCCGCCAAUCUACGACCCGACUCUCACCAUCUCGCCCGAAGAUCCAGACUCAGGCCGCGCCAACAACCAAGGCUUGGAAGCCCUAACUGCCAGCCCUAACGGCACCUUCCUGUACACGAUGCUGCAGAGCGCCACCAUACAAGACGGCGGCAGCAAGUCCUCAACCCGCCGCUACACACGCCUUCUGCAAUACCGCAUCGACGGCCCAUCCCCCGUCUACGAAGCCGAAUACGUCGUCCCCCUCCCGCUCCUCUCGACAGGAAAAGUCGCUGGCCAGUCCGACAUGCACUACAUAUCCCCCACGCAGUUCCUCGUCCUAGCCCGCGACUCGAAUGCCGGACACGGUGCCGCUUCGUCCAUGUCGAUGUACCGCAACGCAGAUAUCAUCGACAUCUCGGCGGCGACGAACGUCAAGGGCGCCGCGGCGGAUGCGGCUACUGGACAGAUCGCGAGCCGUAAGGGCGUGCUGAACUCUGGCAUCGUGCCUGCGACGUACUGCCCUUGGUUGGACUACAACGUCAACGCGCAGUUGAACCGGUUUGGGGUGCACAACGGCGGUGCGCAGGAUGCGGCACUGCUGAAUGAGAAGUGGGAGAGCUUUGCCUUGUUGCCCAUCGAGGGGGACGAGUACUAUCUCUUAUCAUUUUCGGAUAACGAUUUUAUCACGCAGAAUGGGUAUAUCAAUUUUGGUGCUUUUCAGUACAAAGACGCUUCGGGGUAUGAUCUGGAUUCGCAGGUCUUGAAAAGUCUCUCCCAAGGCCUACCAAAUCAAUAA